UAUCACAUUGCAUAGACCGAGGUGACUGAAUAAAAGUACCGUCAUCACAUUACUCGAGAAGUUGUCUGUAGCCUGUAGUUCGGGUGUAUCAUAGCAGGCGGUGUACGACAGACGACGAAUCACGCACUAUGAACAAGGAGAAGUUUGGACGAGAGGACUAUCUGAAAUAUUUUGAUCCAGUUGCCUUCCUGAAGAUGUAUCACUCUGACAUUAAAGGCAACCAAGAUGAAGGGGACCUGAUGCCAUGGAAAAUGAAGAAUCUCCAUGACGUUUUCGCAGAAGGUAAGUUGACAGGCCGUCGACUGCUCGACAUCGGAACAGGCCCUACAAUCCACUCGGUGAUCAGCGCCUCCAACUACUGCGACACCGUCUACCUGUCCGACUUCACCCCCCAGAACAGGGAAACGCUGAGGAAAUGGCUGGAUGGGAGUCUGCAGCACAGUUUCAAGAGUUUCUUCCAGUAUGUGGUCGACAAGGAAGGGAAAGGGACUUCACCCUCUUGUCGGGAAGAAGAACUGAGGAAGAAGAUAUGUGGCAUACUGCCAAUAGAUCUCCUGCUGGAAGAACCACUGGCGCCUUGUUACUUUCCAAGGUUCGACAUGGUAACAACAUCAUUUUGUCUCGAUGCCGUUGCCCUGGACCACGUCGACUAUGGUCUUGCAGCCCAGAAGAUAACAAAUAUGUUGAAGAUAGGAGGUCAUCUAGUUGUAUGCGGACUUCAUGGGAGUUGUGGUUUCAAAGUCGGCGAGCAUGUGUUCAGGAGCUGCCAUGUCUCUGUUGAACAGGUGAAAGACACGUGGACACGCUGCGGGUUUGAUAUUGUAGACUGGAGGGAACAGGAAUCGGACAAGACCAGACGCAACACCGUGUCUACCUUUGAUGGCGUCUUUGUCAUGGUAGCUAAGAGGGUGCGUUAAGGAUACUUACUGUUCAUUUUUAUUGGUUUGUAUUUCAAAAUCGUUCUCAGAAACUGAAAUUGGCCUGUACAUAUACGACUCUGGACCAGACAAGCCAAUGACAGAUAUUAUAAUAUUCAGUGCUCGAUUUAUGUCAUUCGUGACAAACUUGAGACAUUCCGGAAAGUGGGCGAGUGAUGAUGAUGGAUUUCCUGAACGGAGUUAUAUUUUUUUCUUUCUUUCUUGUUUCACUAUUUUGUAUCCGGAUACAAUUUUGAAAAUAUGUUUGUUACGCCAUCAGUUCAAAUCUAAAACAAAAAAAUCAAAAAUAUGGUAUUUUUCAAUGCAAAAUCCAAAACAACAGUUCAAUAAUAGAAACACCAUCAUCACGCAGCUGGUGUAGACUGUAACAUUUCGUUAAAGGAGAAUUUAUUUUAUAUUACAAACAUCUAAAGCAUAUAACAACUAAACCUUUUGGUCCACUAGUCAAGAAUUCCACAGAGGUUUUAGUAACCAUUUACAUAUAUAUUAGAUUAUAUCCAACUUUGGAAUUCGAAAGUUCGCGCCGUGCUGCUUUUCCCGGAAAGCCAGCAUCUACAGAACUGUCAAACCGCAAUGGUGGUGCGGUAGUAGUUUAUUCUGUUCAAUAAAUGUACAUCAAUAAAAGGUUUGGGCAGAUA